ACGGGUUUGUGCAGACCGACGAUCUCAUCCACACCUUACUAUUCGUGAGCGGGUUGUCAGAUCUACGCGAGCAAUGCUUCAAUACGGCCAAUAUCUGAUGCCUUUCUUCGGCAAGAGCAGAUCGUAUUGCGCGGCGCGUGCCGAUCCAUGAGCAUGUGCCCGUUGAAGAGCUGCGCUUGCACACAAAAACAUGCUCGGAAGCUGACGCUCUACGGCCUCUUGAUGAGUGCAUGUAUUCAUAUCGAGUAUAAAAUCGCGACCCUUAAGUCGAUCGCUUCAGUGCACCGGCGCUGUCUACUAGUGAUCCUGGCCUCUUUUACCGUCUGCCCGCUCAUAUUGAGAAUUGUCCUCUCGAUCUUGGUUUCUCGAUAUUACGAGGAAGCAUGUCAGAUCCUGUCGAACCUUUAAAUCGAAUGCAUCAAAUGUCGUCUUUAUAUCGGCAGAAUGAAGCGGCCUUUGUCGCGGCUCGGUUCGUGAGAG